CGUCGGGGCGCGCCCGGCCUCCAGGCUUCGCCGCCGAACUUCGGCCUCCGCCGGUUGCUGGGCGACGGGCGCGGCCUGGGCAGAGCCAUGGAGCCCGACGCGAAGGCCUCCUACGUGCUGAGCAACCUGGCCGAGGUGGUGGAGCGGAUCCUGGCCUUCCUGCCCAUCAAGUCGCUCCUGCAGGCGGCCUGUGUGUGCCGGUUAUGGAGAGAGAGUUCCCGUCGAAUAUUGAGGACCCAGCAGAGCGUCGCCUGGGUCUCUGCUGUUGAAUCUGGGCCAGCCAAUACUCAUGCUCUGGUCCGGGUGUUAGAAGAGGAGAUUGAAAAGAUUCAGGUGCUGCCCCAGACAGUGUUUUACAUAGCAGAUGCAGAGACUUUCAGCGGCCAUGAAGAGAGCCACAGUCACGGGCAAAAGAAAGCACGAAGGAGAAAUAGUAAAGAAACAGCCGUCACAUUAGAGAGAUUAUUGCCCGAACGAUGCCAGGUCCUUGGUAUAGUAGCGCCUGGGAUUGUAGUCACCCCCACAGGAUCUCACAGCAGUCGGCCUCUGGAAAUCGAAGAUGGUGAAGCAGGCUUUGCGUUAUUGUUUCCAAAGAUCGAUGGGGUGAAGAUUCAGACCUUUCACUUACAUAAAGAUGCAAAGUCCAGAGCCACUGAUGAAGAUCAAUUUGCUGAAGCAGGCCUGAAGAAUAACCCAGAUCUCAGAGUGGUUCUUCUGUUUGGUUACAACACCUGGAAGUCGGGAGCAACACGUUUUCUGCACCAGAUUGUCAAUCGCUUGAAUGAAAAAAGCAUCGUCUUGGCCGGGGGACACGUGGAUAGCUUUACAUCUCUGACUUCUGAGAAUAACACUGAGGCUGCUCAAUCCUGUGGCGUUGUCGGCUUGGCUUUUAGUGGACCCCAGAUCCAGAGUGCCGCCGUUCUGUUAGAUCAGGAUGUAGUUGACGAGAGGACGGCAGAAGCGGCCAUGCAGCGCCUCAAGGCUGCAGGCAUUCCCGAAUACAACAGCCUUGGCUUCAUGUUUGCCUGUGUCGGCCGGGGAUAUCAACAUUACAAAACCAAAAGGAACCUCGAAGCUGAUGCUUUCCGGAAGUUCUUCCCCAACGUCCCCCUCUUCGGCUUUUUUGGACACGGAGAGAUAGGAUGCGAUCGAAUUGUGACCGGGAAUUUUAUACUCCGGGAAUGUAAUAACAUAAAGGAUGACCUCCGGAAAUGUAAUUACAUAAAGGAUGACCUGCUUCACGGUUACACCACAGUCAUGACUCUCAUCCAUCUCGGUUCAGCCAAAGCAAACCAAACUUAAACCUUUCUUUGUCGGUGUGCCAGCAGAGUCGCAGGGCUGCUUCCCGUUCCAGAAGCAUUUAAAGAAAAAAAAACUCGGGCAGUGUACGCAGUUGCCUCUUGAGACAAAAGUGACUACUGUCCUAUUGGUUUAAGAUUUCUAGCUGGCAUAAAAUGAGUAUAGGAGAGGAUGAGGGCUUUUUUCCCCCUGCUUGUGUACAAUUUUAAAAUUGCAGAUGCGUCAGUUCUGUAGCAAAAAGUUUUUUCGUUCCUGCUGCACUUGGUAUUAUGUUUAAAUUUGUCAGGAACUACAUGUAUGCGGAACUGAAAUCUCAGCAUUACUGUAUGCGAUUUGUGGACUAACUCCUACGCUGACCCAGUUCGGCGUUGAAUGCCUUGUAUGCUUGGUUGUUGCUUCUCUUAAUGAAUCUUUCAGGAUGUAAAUCUACUUGUCUGAACCAGGCCAUCUUAGAAAAUCACUCAUUUUUGAAGUCAGAUGACUAAUAUCAGUAGAUGGGUAGCCAAAUUAAAACACAGCAUACUUUUUUCUUAGAUGAUUACACUGUGUACAUAGGAAAGAGUAAGGACAGUCUCUAGGACUUUUCACAAAACCUUGUGGAUUACGAAGUGCCCUCAGCUUGAUUGGGUGGUAUUGUAAAUCAUAGCAGCUGCCUGAAUGGUCUUUCUUUCCCUUCUCCAUUAUAAAGAUGAGAAUGUGUUAGGUUUAUGUCCCAGAUCCCACAGUCUGAAGCACCUUUACUUGGAAGUAAGUCUUGUUGGCUUCAGUAGGAUUAGAGGGGAUGUUUCUUUCCUACUCGACUGCUCACUUCUUCAGCAGUUGCUGUUUAGGAUCACUUGCAGAAAAUAAAAAACGUCUAAUGCCUGCAAGACUGCUGAGCGCAACAGCGAGAGGGAACUGGAAAUACUUUCUGCCAGUCUAUGCAUAAGCAGCAACAAAAGAAACCUAUGGUUUGUUUCUUCAGGAAGAGGCGUGCUCAUUGGAUGAAACUGAAUCAAAUGGAUUAAAACUUUGUCACGAGAGAUUCUCCCAGUACCAUUGUAUGACCAAACACGGUGUUUUGCUUCUCAGUAAAAAUUGUGAAACUGUAGUAUAAACAAGGCAA